AGGAACGUCAUUUGCCAGCAAAACAAAUCUACGUUACCCAGUUUUACUAGUGUGAUUGAUAUCUACCCCAAAUGUCGUACGCAUACCUUUUCAAGUACAUUAUUAUAGGGGAUACAGGCGUGGGGAAAUCAUGCCUGCUUCUACAAUUUACAGACAAGCGGUUUCAGCCAGUGCAUGAUCUUACCAUAGGGGUAGAAUUUGGUGCUAGGAUGAUAACUAUUGAUGGCAAGCAGAUCAAACUACAGAUAUGGGACACCGCCGGUCAAGAGUCGUUCAGGUCCAUCACACGUUCGUACUACAGGGGAGCAGCAGGCGCUCUGCUUGUCUACGACAUCACAAG